AUGCAGCGACGGUACCUGGGUGAAAUGCGGCUGAGUGCCUACGCGCGUGACCUCCGGGGUCCGGCAAAACUUCGCUACGAACAUAAGGUUCACCUUUGCGGCGGCAUCGACCCGUUCGACUUCAGCAGCGAUGAAGCUGUGUGUGACGUGAAGUAUUAUCCUCGCAUCGAGCUCACGGACACUAAGGACUACCUUGUUCACGGCACAAGCUUUGCAACAAGGGGUCGUCGUCGGAAACAUUCAGGGUCAUUCGCCCAGCCAGAGAGCGGGGAUACUGAGAAGCCGCAUCAGGGACGCCGCCACCGUUGUGACUUUUGCAGCUACGAGACUGAUUAUUUCGCCCACAUUAAGCAACACGUGAGGAUGCAUACGGGCGAGCGGCCAUUUAAAUGCCACCUGUGUCUUCAAGGCUUCACACAAAUGACCGCAUUGAAGGAUCACCUGCGCACCCACACAGGAGAGCGACCGUAUAAGUGUCACCUGUGCCCCCAAGGCUUCUCGCAAAAGACCACAUUGAACAAUCACCUGCGCACCCACACAGGCGAGCGACCACACAAGUGCCACCUCUGCCCCCAGAGCUUCUCACUGAAGGGCUCAUUGAAAGAGCAUGUGCGCAUCCACACUGGCGAACGACCAUAUCAGUGCCCUUCGUGCGCCCAGACGUUUAGGCAGGGGUCACACCUCAGAAAACAUUUGCGUGUGCAUGAGCGCCAGUGAUGCUAUGGAAUUUCUCCUGUACGAGCUUUUUUUGUUAGAGGGGUCAUGUUAUUUACUAAGAUCACUGAAAGACUUAGUAUCUAUAACCAUGUGAUAUUACUUUGUGUUUUCAGUGCAUUUAGGAGAACUAAU